ACCACCUCUCAUUUCUUGGUUCUCUUCAAUUACAUCAAUGGAAACUCCUGCUUUGCCGAAAUACAGUGAACUCUCAUCGGAGCAGUUGAGGUUUCUGGACGACCAUUUCGGAGCCCCCGAGGAUCCCCUUCUUCUUCACAAAGCUCCUCACGAUCUCCUCGCAGUUGUUCGCAAACAGUGCUCCGAUUUGGACAGCGACCUUCUCCGCCUCCAGGGUCGUCUCGCCAAAUGCUCCGUCUCGUGGAUUUCUCGCUCCUUUGCAGCCAAAUCAGCCGCCCACAGUCUCGCUCUCAGUCUUCAGAAUCUAAACCUCAUCACCUCCCCAAAUGGGAUUGGUUUGAAGAGAUUUCAUGGAGUUUUAGGCCGAGAGCUGCCUCAACUUGCCCGCGAAGUGGUCAGGAUUGAUGAGAUUCGCAGUUAUCUUGAGACUACUUUACAGUUAGAAGCUCUGGUUGGAGAUCUAGAAGAUGCUGUUUUCUGUUUUAUGAAGUGCCAGACUGGGAAUAUGUUCUCAGCAAAGCUUUCAAAUUCCUCAAUAUCUAGUGACUCUAGAACAAAGAAUGAAAAGUUGCUUCAAGCCAUAAAAGCCAUGAAUAGUAUUGAAGACAUGUUGGUUGAUCUCGUGGGACGCCAAACUCACUGGCAUCGUCUUUUAAAAUCUGUUGAUGCUAGAGUUGAUAAAACAUUGGCUAUUCUUCGGCCACAAGUUUCAGCUGAUCACCGAGCCCUUCUCGUUUCUCUGGGAUGGCCACCAAAACUUUCGACGCCAAAAAUAGAAGUGGGACGCAUUACAGACCUUCCAAACCCAUUGGUUAUCAUGCAAGGUGAAAAAGGGAAGUGUUAUUCGGAUAGCUUUAUAGCUCUAUGUGCUUUACAGCAUUUUCAAACACGGAGGGAGGUGCGGCAGCUUAAUUUUUUAGGGCAAAGGAAGUACAAAAUUCAGCUUUGGGCCAUUGAUGAAUUGGUAUCUCCAAUUGCAUCACGGAUGGAGUAUCACUUUUCAAAAUGGGUUGAUCAGCCUGAAUUUAUUUUUGCACUUACAUACAAAAUCACAAGAAAUUUUAUUGCGGGAAUAGAUGAUGUAUUACAACCUUUGAUUGAUAGAGCAAGACUAGUAAGCUGUAGUGCUACAGAAGCUUGGGUUUCUGCAAUGGUCCAAACACUUUCUAGGUUCUUGGAGACAAGAAUGUUCUCUGCUCUCACUGAAAAGUACAAGGAGACGCAAAUGAAAUAUGAAGUUAUACCAUCAUGGCUUCAUCUGAUAGACCUAACAAUUUCCUUAGAUAAACAAAUGCGAUCUCUUGUUAGUUUGGAAACUAAUCACUUUUUGACAGAGUCGGAAAGAGCAGAAGGAGGACUGUCAAGAGGCAUUUCUUUGCUGUCAAUAUUUUGUGAUAGGCCUGAAUGGCUCAAGAUUUGGGCAAAGAUAGAGCUCAAAAAUGCCUGCAAGAAAUUGAAGACGGACCUCCAAGACGAAAGAUGUUGGAGAGUCAAUGACAAGCAUCAAGCUGGACUUCAGUCUGAAUCAGAGUCCGAGCAUUAUCUACUCUCUACUAGAGAAGACCACAAAGCUCCACCGGUUGCAGAAUCUGCUCUUAAGAUUGCCUGGGAAAUCAUUGAACGGUGCCAAAGUCUUCCCUGUGUUUUACCGCGUAUGAAAUUUAUUAGAUCAACUGCGGCCAAAUUUCUUUGGUACUUCUUUAAGGUAUUGCUUUUGUGGCACAAAGGAAUUGAAAUUUCUGCUGAUAAUUUUGAUGAUGAUGCCUCGAGUAGAGUAUGCAUAUUGAUCAAUGCUGCCAGAUACACAGAGUUUAGACUACGACAGUGGAGUGAUGAUGUCGACUUUUUGGAGAUGAAGGUUGCUGAAAAUGAUUGCGGAAACCAUGGAAAAGGUGAACGUAAUGAUAACAGUUGCUUCUUUGAGGAAGAAAUUAAGAGCUUGUCUGAACUCGAAACGAAUUGGUUGAUGGACAUUAUUGCUGUGAUUCUCCUUCAAUUCGAGACGCUUUCGUGGGAAUAUGUCAAACAAGCGAAACAUCUCGAGGAAGAAAAAGAUGGUUGUGUGGAAGUACUACUUGGCUCAAAUUUGGCAGUCACUGCUGAUUUUGUUGAAGCAUUGGACACUUUGAGAAGUAAUGUUCAUGCGCUCAAACAGAUUCUAAACCCCAAAGAUUUUUUGGAUUUAUGGAGAAGCGUUGCGGAAGGGCUCGAUCAUUUCAUUUUCUCCAGUAAUAUCCUUACUGAGAUGCAAUUUUAUGACACCAGGAUUAAUCAGUUUGAGACAGAUAUGCAUGCUUUGUUUUUAGUUUUUAAGCCUUUUUGUGUUAGGCCUGAAGCAUUUUUCCCUAAAAUUAGGGAGGGCCUAAAACUGUUAAAAGUGAACAAGUUAAAAAGAUUGAAAGAAGGUGCAGCUACUUUUCUUAGAGAAAAGAUUAAAUAAAAUGCUUCUGUGGUUGAUAUGUUCAGAUUUUGUUUACUUGUUCUGAGACGAGUCUCCAAGAAUUUUGCGGAGAAUGUUAGUUGAGAACAGGGAAAAGACGAAGAAAAGGAAGAAAGAUAGAAGAAAAUUGCAUAAUCAUGAAAUCAUAACAUUAGGCUUGCACGAAGGUCAGAACUUAUACCCUUUUUUUUUUUGAAUGGAGAACUUAGAACUAAACAGUUGAGUUUAAGAAAAAAAAUAAAUAAAAACUUUUAAAAAAUAUCACGUCUCUCCGCGAAGUUUGUUCGUUCAAGGAUUUGCCUCAAAAACUUCACUCUCCCUCCUGACAAAGCCCUCACCGCCUACG